AUGACGCUUCACGCGCUGAAUGGCAAGUGGAAUGCGACCGACGAGGAGCUCGUCCGUGCCCACGCGGCCGAGUACAUCUCGGCGGUCGGUGCCCUAUACCGCCCCGGGGUCACCACCGCCACCUCUGGCGGCCCCGCGGAGGCGAGGGGGGACGCCCUUAUCAUAUCUGGGGACGUUUACUGCAACCAGCACACCUCGCUCGCCGCGCGCACGGCGGCGGGCUGCGCAGUGGAGGCCGUGCACGCCGUGCUAGACGGCCGUGUGGCGCGCGCGUUCGCGGCGGUGCGGCCGCCCGGCCAUCACGCGGAGAGCGUCGCGUUCAUGGGCUUCUGCUUUUUCAACAAUGCGGCGGUGGCCGCCCACGCAGCGCUUGCGAGAGGUUUGGAGCGCGUGCUAAUAUUUGACUGGGACGUUCACCACGGCAACGGCACCCAGCAGAUUCUUGAGGGCGAUCCCCGGGUCCUGACUGUCUCUAUCCACCGCCGGGACGGGUUCUUCUAUCCCGAGGGCAGCGGGUUUCCUGAAGAGGUCGGCGUGGGCGCCGGCGCAGGUUACAACAUCAACGUCGGCUGGCGCAGCAAGGGCAUGGGCGACGCGGACUACUUGGCCGCCUAUGACCUCGUGCUCGAGCCCAUCUUGACAUCAUUCGCCCCCCAGCUGGUCAUAAUCGCCGCCGGCUUUGACGCUGUAGAGGGCGACCCCCUCGGCGGCUGCUGCGUGACGCCGGAGGGGUACGGCCACAUGACGCGUCGCCUGGCGCGGCUGGCGGGCGGGCGGGUCGUAGCCGUGCUGGAGGGUGGAUACAACACCAGGCAGGUCGCCGCAUCGUCUUGCGAGGUGGUGCGGGUGCUACUGGGAGGGGAGCCCGCCAAGCUUGAGGGGGAGCACUCGUUCACCACCAGCAAGUCGCUGUUUGGCGCCCUUAACGCCACCCUCGCGGCGGCGACGCCCUACUGCCGUAGCGCCAGCCCCGCGGCUGCGGCGGUGCUGCAAUCAGCGCCGCCGGCUCUCGCGCCGCACGCCGCCGCGCGGCCCCGUGGCGCCGCGCCGCCGUCGACGUCGCUGGCUGCGGCGACGUCGCCCGCCGCGGCUGCGGUGCAGUUCGAAGCCUCCCAAGCAGCGGCCGCAGCGAUCGCGGAGGCUGAGGCGGCGGCGGCGGGCGCCGCAGCGGCGGCUGCUGCGUCGUGGGCGGCGGGCGAGGACGUCUCUUCUCCCAUCGGCAUCGAUGCGAGCAUGCUGGCCGCGCUUGCGUCCCUCAAGCUGGACGGCGGCGCCGCGCGCCCGCCGCCACCCCCGCACGCGCCGGCCGCUGCCGCGUCGCCGCAGCCGCGGAGCGCGCUGCCGCGCGUCGCGAGCGGCGCCGGCAUGUGA